AUGGUCGCAUCGUCGCAUUCGCAUUUCCAAGUCUUCCACUUUUUCUGUCCCUUUCCUUUCAGUCUCUCACAGCUAUAGCGUCUGCUUUGUUUACUUUCGCCGUGACCAUCUCGCAAAAUGCUCGCCAGAACCCUCGUCCAGAAGCUGCCCACCGGCGCUCGCGCCUUCAGCUCGACAUGUGCCCGCAACGCUGCCGAGGUCAAGAAGCUCGGUGUCGUUGGCGCCGGCCAGAUGGGUCUGGGUAUCGCCCUCGUCGCCGCCACCAAGGCCGGUGUCCCCGUCACCCUCGUUGACGCCUCUGAAACGUCUCUAGACAAGGGCCUCGCCUUCGCCGACAAGCUGCUCAGCAAGGACGUCGCCAAGAACCGCAUCACGCAGGACGAGGCCGACGCGGCCCGCGCGCUGCUCCAGCCCACCACGGAACUCGACGACCUGCACAGCGUCGACUUCGUGAUCGAGGCUGUGCCCGAGAUCCCUCAACUCAAGUUCGACAUCUUCUCCAAGCUCGCCGAGAUCUGCCCCAAGCACGCCAUCCUAGCCACCAACACCUCCUCCAUCUCCAUCACGCGCAUCGCCGCCUCGACCACCAAGGACCCCAACGACACCUCCAACAGCUCGCGCGUCGUGUCCACGCACUUCAUGAACCCGGUCCCCGUCCAGAAGGGCGUCGAGAUCAUCAGUGGCCUGCAGACCAGCCAGGAGACGCUCGACACGGCCGUCGAGUUCUGCAAGAAGCUGGGCAAGAUCCCCUCGGUCUCCAAGGACAGCCCGGGCUUCCUGGCUAACCGGAUCCUGAUGCCGUACAUCAACGAGGCCAUCAUCUGCCUCGAGACGGGCGUCGGCGACCGCGAUUCUAUUGAUGCUAUCAUGAAGAACGGCACCAAUGUGCCCAUGGGCCCCCUCCAGCUGGCUGACUUCAUUGGCCUUGAUACUUGCUUGGCUAUUAUGAAGGUGCUGUACGAGGAGACGGGCGACUCCAAGUACAGGCCGAGCGUGCACUUGCGCAACAUGGUCGAUGCUGGCUGGUUGGGCAAGAAGAGCGGCAAGGGCUUCUAUGACUACCAGUAGAUGUCUGGAGGGAACAUGGUGAAGGAGAGUGUAUUGGCGAAGAACGGGCGACAUGAAUUGAAAAGCGGCAUGUUCAUGUCGAAUGGCUUGAUGGUCUCAGGGGUCAUUUGGACCAGAUGCUGUCAGCGCGAAUACAGGGACAAUUUGUAAACAACAGGACCGGGAAUGGCACCGGGUAGAGAAGCUCACUCGACAGUUUGCCAGCACCAAGAUGCGUUUUCAGCGACGAACGUUUGCAUAGACAAUGGGUAUAUAGAGCAAGUCAAUUUGGAUAGUAUAAUGCAUAACGUUUGUCAAUCA